UGAUUGUAUACUCUGUCUGGCCUUACACUGACAGAGGACAGUACACUUCCUCCAUCUUGGUUUUUGGCAGCUGUUCAACAUCAGGGUUAUUGCACAAUGCAAUACCGAUGUUUUUUUAUCCUAGAAGUAAAAUAAUGGAUCAAAGAUGGCCGCGGACAGUAACACAGCUCUAGGACUUCAUCCUCGAUCACCGAUUUAUAAAUGUGACAGACCAGAGAAAUCCAUAGUAGCAGCAUGGCUGGCAGCAGGCUAGAGAAGCUAGGCACUGUGUUCACCAGAACACGAGAUCUGAUGCGUGCACGGGUGAUAAACGAAAAAGCAAAACCUAUUUGGUACGAUGUAUAUGCUGCCUUUCCACCGAAAAGAGAGCCUAUUGCUGAAAAACCUUUAAGACGCCAGCGCAAUCUUCCUGACAACGUGCCCGCAAUUCUGUACAGUGAGGAUUUUAUACGAGCCAAAUUUUAUGAAACGUAUGGUAGUGCCGGAAUAUUCCAUCUGUAUCGGAAAGAUUACAGAUCUGUUUGCCAAAGCUUUGUGGAUACAUUUAUAGAACUUCAGAAAGCAGGAGAAGUAAGCAACGAUAAAUUGUUUGAGGAGGCAUCAAAAGCUUUACUUGCGAAAGGCAUCAGUUUGAGGAGGUCAGCAGGCAUGCGGGUACCAAACUGGCAGAUGUCAGAAAACCAGUCCGUGUCACAUGUGAAAUCUACACCUGAAGACGCUAAACCAUCUGAUGAAACUGAAGGACAGCCUGGUGCUUUAUAGUAUUUGUUACAACAUAGAUGUUUUGGUUAUGAUUGCUGCAGUACCUAAGGACAUUUUGUGCUCCCUUUAUUGUGCUGAAAAACAUUGGCUAUUAAAAAGCCUCACUGUAAAACAUUUUACAGUUUGUUUAGUGGAUCAUUACCAAACUGAAUCCGCCUGGCCAUGAACAACCACGUAUACUUUUUUAUUUUUAUUUUUUUUAUUUUAAAUAAACUUAAGUCUACAUAAA